CGAAGUUGCUUAUUCAUGUGCUAUCUAUAUUCGCGUACAAGCUGGGGAAGAUGAACCAAGAUGUUGUCUUAUCGCAGCCAAGGCUAAAGUGGCACCCGUAAAACCAUGGUCCAUUCCGAGGAUGGAACUCCAAGGAUGCGUACUCGGAGUCCGCUGGUCUAAAUUUGUCCGGGAGAAUCACAGUGUCCCCAUCUCUAGAGUAUACUACUGGACAGAUUCAAGAACGGCAUUAGCAUGGAUCAAGGGAGAUCCUCGAAAUUACCGGCAGUUCAUUUCAUUCCGAAUUGGUGAAAUUUUAGAAAACACAAUGGUCAGCGAUUGGAGAUGGGUGCCGACGAAGAUAAACCCCGCAGAUGAAGCAACCAAGUGGGGAAGUGGUCCAUAUUUUGAUCAGGAAAGCAAAUGGUUCUCUGGACCUGACUUCCUGCGACGUUCAGAGGUACAGUGGCCUCGUCCCGACGAACCCAUCACCACUACUACUGAAGAAAUUCGUACAUCGGUCCUACAUCACUGUUCUACAGAACCGGUUAUCGACUUCACUCGAUUCUCCACUUGGAACAAGCUACUACGUUCAACUGCUUACGUAAUGCGAUUUGUAUGCAACACUUCAAAGAAAUCUUUAAAGUUUCAUGGUCACCUGCAGCAGGAAGAAUUGCUUCUGGCAGAGAACGUAAUCAUCAAGCUCGUUCAACGCGAAACCUAUCCCGACGAAGUGGCAGCGCUUCAGAACAAAGCCCCUGGAGAAAACGGGCAGAAAGCCAUUGGGAAACGUAGUAGCAUAUACAAAUUACUGCCGAUGAUGGAUGACGAAGGACUUUUACGCGAGCAAGGUCGAAUUGGAGCAGCAACCAACGUUCCAUACGAGAGACUCCACCCUAUCAUUCUUCCCCGAAACCAUUACGUUACUGAACUAAUAGUUUCCCGAUAUCACCGGCUCUAUAGACAUGGAAAUCACGAGACAGUAGUGAAUGAACUACGCCAACUGUAUAACAUUCCCAGAAUGCGAAUGGUCGUUAAAAGAAUAUGCAAAGAUUACCCGAUAUGCAAAAUUCGAAAUGCCCGCCCAAAAGUUCCGCCUAUGGCUCCAUUGCCAGUCGCGCGCCUAGCACAUCAUGAACGCGCCUUUACUUACACCGGGUUGGAUUAUUUUGGACCGCUCUCAGUUAAACAGGGAAGAUCAAACGUCAAACGAUGGUUCGCCUUAUUCACCUGUCUAACAAUAAGGGCUGUUCAUCUCGAAAUCGCGUACACACUGACAACCGCAUCCUGCAUAUCCUGUGUUCGCAGAUUCGUCGGCCGACGAGGACCACCUGUGGAAAUUUUCACCGACAACGGAACGAACUUCCAAGGAGCUGAUCGGGUUCUCCGUAGUCAAAUAAGUCAGGGACUGUCCGCUACAUUCACCGACACGAAAACAAAAUGGAAUUUCAAUCCGCCUGGGGCGCCACACAUGGGGGGAGCUUGGGAAAGGCUCGUGAAGUCUGUAAAGUGCGCCAUGGAGGGUGCGUACUCGGAAGGAAAGCUCGAUGACGAGGGUUUACAAACAUUGAUCGUGGAGGUAGAGAAUAUGGUAAACACUAGGCCUCUGACAUAUCUACCACUUGAGUCCGAAGAAGCAGAGGCUUUAACGCCGAAUCACUUUCUACUGCUAAGCUCGAAUGACACGAAAUUACCAAGAAGGGAUACUGCACAUCAAGGUAGAUGCGGAGACGGAAACGACCGACACAUGCUGGGAAAUGCAUGGGAACUGAUCCAACAUCAACUUGAUGUAUUCUGGCAACGAUGGCUCACCGAAUACCUUCCUGUGAUUCGCAGACAAUCUAAGUGGUUCGAGGUAAGUGAACCGCUAAAGGAAGGAGACUUAGUGAUGGUUGCAGAGCCAACGAAACGAGGAGGAUGGGAAAGAGGUCGUAUAGCAGCAAUUCUGCCGCACUCCGACGGUCACCUGCGACGAGCAGUUGUACAAAUCGGAUCAGCAAAAGUUACAAGGCCAGUUACCCGUUUAGCCUUGUUGGACGUGAGAUGUAGUGAAGAUCUGACUGACGGCAGACUCCACCUGGGGGAGGAUGUUCCGGCGAACCUGGCAACCUGGCCAACUAAAUAAUAAAUCAGGCACACCCCUCGUUGUCAUCGAUGGUGACAGCCACUCCAGUCGCAGGGAUUCGAACAGCUAGCCCGAGGCCGGCAUCCACGCGGCCAAACGUCAAUCGGAAAGCACAUUUUUGCCUGGUCAUCGCUGCGGAAAGUUGGAUUGGAGAAGAUAGCUAGAGUUUAUUGAAAGAAGUUUAACGAGUGAAAGAUUGAAGAAUUAGGUGAAAGAAGUAGAGAAAGCUGGAGUAUUUGAAAGAAAGUUAAAUAGUAUAUUGAUUGAAGUGAAAGUAGAAAUUAUCAAGGUACUUACCUGAAUCCCAUACUUACCUGAACCAGAUACUCACCUGCUCCGGAUACUUACCUGACCCACUUGGGUAGCGAAACACGUUCCUGAAAAGAGAAAAGUAACCUAAAAGUAAGCAGUGAUAGAAUUAGAAAGAAACAAUUAACUGAUCAUUAUCAUUAGGUUGCAGACAACGAAACUAUAGGUCCACAAAACCGGAAGCUAAUUGGGUGUUGAAGAGAGAGU